UUUUGAAAUAUAGACUUUAUUGUAAAAAAAAAGACUAGAACAUGUCAAAAUGUCCUACCUUGGAAACUUCAUGAGGAAACAGUGAAGAGUGCUCCGCAUCAGGCAUACAGUUCAUCUCUAGACACCUUAGAGAAUGAGUUUGAAAAAGAGCAACAGGUUGUGGACUAUGUCUCUGGCUGAUACAACCAAAGCACACACAAAUGAGCAUUUCCCCAGCCUGGCACUAGGAGGCAACAGGAGGUCUGCAGAAGGCAAGAGUAGCCCGGACGCUGGCAACCUGUCAAGGAACAGCAGGGCUUCCAAUGGGAGUGUAGAUUACAGCAGGUCUCAGUGCUCCUACAGAAGCCUGGCUUCCCACUAUGACUAUUCUGAAGACUUUCUUUCCGAGUGCUCUGAAGCAACCACCAACAGAUAUCAGUCAGAGCGGCUUCUGGGGAAAGAGCAGGAGAAGAGAAAGUAUAUUUCUAAAAUCCCCCAGCAUAAAGGCCAGAAGGACAUCCAGGCUGAGAAAAAGCACAUCUGGAAUUCUUCAUUUUUCAACUCUCAAAUUCAAACAAUUGCCAAAAGAAGAGACGCCAUGACACAUCGAAUAUUGUCAGCCAGGCUUCAUAAGAUUAAAGAGCUGAAGAAUGAGCUAGCCGACAUACAUCGAAAGCUGGAAGCCACUGUCAUAGAAAACCAAUUUUUGAAACAACUUCAGCUUAGGCACUUGAAAGCUAUAGGGAAAUAUGUGAACUCACAAAACAAUCUACCUCAAAUUACAGUUAGGCACCAGAAUGAGGUGAAGAACCUGCGUCAGCUCCUUCGGAAAUCCCAGGAGAAGGAGCGAACUGUGUCAAGGAAACUGCGAGAAACCGACAGUGAGUUGCUGAGGACCAAAGAUGCCUUGCAGGCCCUACAGAAACUUUCAGAAGACAAAAACCUUGCAGAAAGAGAAGAACUGACUCACAGGUUGACUGUUCUUACAGCCAAAAUGGAGGCAAAUGACAAAAAAAUACAGAGCUUGGAAAAACAGCUGAGGCUGAACAAUCGAUCCUUUGGUCGGCAACUGGCCAAAGAAAACCGGAAGACUUUGGCAGCUCAGACAGCGACAAAGACUCUGCAGGGGGAAGUGAGGCAGCUGCAGCAGAAGCUUAAGGAGAAGGAUCGUGAGCUGGAAAUUAAAAACAUCUACACUAAUCGAAUACUUAAAAAUUUACAUGAAAAGGAAGACUACCCAAAAGUUUCUUCAACAAAAUCAGUACAAGCAGACAGAAGAAAUUUUGUAAAUAUGAGACACCAGGAAACCCAAAAGUCAGAUGUCCCAUCUUGGACAACAAAGGGUAAAAAGACAACAGGAAGCAUUGGUCAUAAGGAAAAAUCAACUGAAACAAACCACGAAAUUUCUUGCUAUAUGUGUAAACUACCAAAGCAAGAGGAGCCUAAGAGAAAAUGUGAAGAUCUAUCAAAGGAGGUCGAACACCCAAAACCACAAGCCUCUCUGGAAACUAUUAGGAGGCAAGAAGAGAAAAGGGAAGAUCAAGAAAAGAAAGACAUCCCACCAGAAGUCGAGCCAAUUACAAAGGGAAGCGAGGCCCCCGCAGAUGCAGAGGGCGAGGUCCCGGCCAGGGAAGUGGCUGAGGUGGUCGAGGUGAUCGAGGUGGGAGAGGCCGAUGAUAUGGAGCACGGGCAGGGCGUUAGCAAGACCCCUCGGCCACGAAAGCACUACUCCUUCACCGAGGCCACUGAGAACCUGCACCACGGGCUGCCCACGUCCUGCGGGCAGGCCUCGGGCAGCCCACGCUGCCGCCACGGUGUGAACAAGCACCGCAGUGACCAGGAGCUGCGGCUGGAGUCUGCCAGCUACGAACCCUCAUUCGGCAAGGCCGCCAGGGCCAAAGCCAAGGAGACUGCGUUCCGGGACAAGAAGAACAGCCUCAUGGAGGAGCUGUUCGGCACAGGCUUUGCGGACAGGGAUGACCCCACCAAUGAUGAGGCAGCCAGCAAAGCCCAGCAGCUCGGGCCUGGCCAAGCCUCCGCCAGCAACGCCUUCGGGGACUCCAGAGCCACUGCGGUGCGGUCCAUCCAGGCCUCACCCACCGAAGGAAACAGGAAAACAGUUAUUUAAAUGCAACAGUAGCCUAAAACAUUCUGAUUUAUAUACUAGUUACAUGCCUUCAAUCUUAUUUACCUCGUGAGGGCUUACAUAGUGUCUGUUUUAGUACUUCGGUGGGCUGUGGGUAAUUUGCUUUAUUGCUAUCUAAUAAAAUAAUCCAGUGUAUCUUGAUCAAUGGUAACAUUUUAAAUACAAACUUGCAUCUCUACUAUGAAGGCAGAACAUGUCCACUCUUUUCAGGAAGACCAGUUUAUUACAGAGCUUGGAGAUCUGGGACUCAGAGCGACUCUUGGCCAGCAGGACUGUUGUCAAAACUGCAUGGAAGCACUGGCCAGCAAGAUCGCCAGCACUCAAAAGAGACAGUACAGAGGUUCAAGUGUGGCCUCACGGGUCACUGCUGCUGGCCUCUUGCUCAGCUGAGCUGCAAACAUCUAAAUGGCCUGCCUUUGUGAGCCCCUCUGUGCCUGUAUGGGAGUCUCUAUUUUUUGUUGUCGAGAUUUAUUAUUUUGUUACAUAAUGACCUUUUCUCUUAAUCUUGUUCUAAAACAACUGUAUGCUCAAGCUAGCUGCUCAGGACUGACGGUUUUUGUUGGAGCUAUAAAGGAUCUGAAUUCCCAGCCUA